GCCUCGGCGGCGGAGCGGAGCGGAGCGGCCGCCGCCCCAGCCGCGGCGGAGUGAAUGGGUUGCCAUGGCAACUGAGUGAGGCAGGCAGCGAGGCCGCCGCGGCCCCAGCCGCCUCCGCUCCGCAGCGUGUGGGCGAGCAGGCAGCGGGCGGCCGCCGGGACAGCCGAGGGGACGCCGGGAGCGCAGCGGCAGGAUGGAGGACGGCUUCUCCAGCUACAGCAGCCUCUACGACACCUCCUCGCUGCUCCAGUUCUGCAACGAUGACAGUGCCUCUGCUGCAAGCAGUAUGGAGGUUACAGAUCGCAUUGCCUCUCUGGAGCAGCGCGUCCAGAUGCAGGAAGAUGACAUCCAGCUGCUCAAAUCUGCCCUUGCUGAUGUGGUCCGACGCUUGAAUAUUACAGAGGAGCAGCAGGCCAUGCAGAACAAGAAAGGACCUACCAAAGAUCAGAGUGUGAUUAAAAAAGCUGCUGCUGAGGCUGAUAAACUUGUCAGUCCUGCUACCACAGCAAGACCACUGGUACAAACCCUGCCUUUAAGGACUACAGUUAACAAUGGAACUGUAUUACCAAAGAAACCAAGUGGCUCUUUACCUUCUCCAUCAGGAAACAGAAAGGACACUGUAUCACCAGCAGCAAAAAGCACCAUUAAGAGAACCAGUUCAGCUGAGCGUGUGUCCCCAGGAGGUCGGAGGGAAAGCUAUGGAGAUUCCAAAGGGAGUCGCAACCGCACUGGUUCCACCAGCAGUUCAUCUAGUGGUAAAAAGAACAGUGAAAGCAAACCCAAGGAACCAAUGUUCAGUGCAGGGAAGCGCCGUGUGACACACUGCAAAGAGGAAGGAUACGUAAAAAUGUUUCUUCGUGGACGUCCUGUUACCAUGUACAUGCCCAAAGAGCAAGUGGAAUCUUACAAUUUGGAAGCAAAAGUAGAACUACCAGCCAAGAGGCUUAAACUGGAAUGGGUCUAUGGAUAUAGGGGUCGGGACUGUCGCAGCAAUCUCUACCUCCUGCCAACGGGUGAGACUGUGUAUUUCAUCGCGUCUGUAGUUGUGUUAUUCAAUGUCGAAGAGCAGCUUCAGAGGCAUUACACUGGUCAUAAUGAUGAUGUGAAGUGCCUGGCUGUUCAUCCUGAUAGGAUCACUAUAGCAACAGGGCAAGUUGCAGGGACAUCCAAGGAUGGGAAACAAUUGCCACCACAUGUGCGUGUCUGGGAUUCUGUGACUCUGAAUACACUGCAUGUCAUUGGAAUGGGGUUUUUUGACCGAGCUGUCACUUGCAUUGCUUUUUCUAAAUCUAAUGGAGGAAGUAGCCUGUGCUCUGUGGAUGACUCCAAUGACCAUGUGCUUUCAGUGUGGGACUGGCAGAAAGAAGAAAAGCUGGCAGAUGUCAAGUGCUCUAAUGAGGCUGUAUUUGCUGCAGAUUUUCACCCUACUGAUACAAAUAUAAUAGUUACUUGUGGAAAAUCACACCUUUAUUUUUGGACGCUAGAAGGGAAUUCCCUUAUCAAAAAGCAAGGAUUAUUUGAGAAACAAGAGAAGCCAAAGUUUGUCCUGUGUGUGACCUUUUCUGAAAAUGGUGAUACUAUUACAGGAGACUCAAGUGGAAACAUUUUGGUUUGGGGGAAAGGUACCAACAGAAUAAGCCACGCAGUUCAAGGAGCACACGAGGGUGGAAUAUUUGCACUGUGUAUGCUGCGAGAUGGCACAUUGGUAUCAGGAGGUGGAAAAGACCGAAAGCUUAUAUCUUGGAAUGGAAAUUACCAAAAAAUUCACAAAACUGAGAUUCCAGAGCAGUUUGGUCCAAUAAGAACAGUAGCAGAAGGAAAAGGGGACGUUGUAUUAAUAGGAACCACCAGAAACUUUGUCCUACAGGGCACGCUGUCAGGAGAUUUUUUCCCAAUUACCCAGGGUCACACUGAUGAGCUUUGGGGACUUGCAGUCCAUUCCUCUAAGCCUCAGUUCUUCACAUGUGGACAUGACAAACACAUUACACUCUGGGAUGCAACCACUCACCAUCCUAUCUGGGACAAGAUUAUAGAGGAUCCAGCACAGUCUUCAGGUUUUCAUCCUUCAGCAUCUGUUGUUGCAGUAGGGACGCUGACUGGAAGGUGGUUUGUGUUUGACACAGAAACAAAAGACUUGGUCACUGUACACACAGAUGGAAAUGAACAGCUGUCUGUAAUGCGUUAUUCACCAGAUGGAAACUUCUUGGCAAUAGGUUCCCAUGACAACUGUAUUUAUAUAUAUGGUGUAAGUGAAAAUGGAAGAAAGUACACUAGAAUUGGCAAAUGUUCAGGUCAUUCCAGCUUCAUUACUCAUCUGGAUUGGUCUGUUAAUUCACAAUAUCUCGUGUCUAAUUCAGGAGACUAUGAAAUCUUAUACUGGAUCCCCUCUGCUUGUAAACAAGUUGUGAGUGUUGAAACAACUAGGGAUAUAGAAUGGGCCACUUACACCUGUACUUUAGGAUUCCAUGUUUUUGGUGUAUGGCCUGAAGGUUCAGAUGGUACAGAUAUCAACGCUGUCUGUCGAUCCCAUGGGAGAAAACUGCUAUCGACAGGAGAUGACUUUGGCAAAGUACAUCUCUUCUCAUAUCCAUGCUCACAGUUUAGGGCUCCAAGCCAUGUGUACGGUGGACACAGUAGUCAUGUAACUAAUGUAGAUUUUCUCUGUGAAGACACCCAUCUCAUCUCCACAGGAGGAAAGGACACAAGUAUCAUGCAGUGGCGAGUCAUUUAAAGGAAACAUCAGCAUGAACAUACACAGUUGAGUCGACCAUGCACAGAACUUAUGUAUAAACUGUAUAUUUAAAACUUAACAGUAUGUUUGCAGUUUAGCCUGGUCACUGUGAUUUUUGUUUAAAAAAUUCUUACAAACCUCAGGAAAAUUAAGCCCUGUGCUGGUUACCUUACUCAGUCUAGUAUUUUUUUUUCAAUGUGUCACACCUUAAGAUUGAUUGUUCUCUGUUGUACAAUAUACAAUGCAGUACAAGUUUAAUAUAAGAAAUGUGGCUUGACAGUUUGCAAUACAGUGGUAUCAGCAGAAUGUGACUAUCUUAAAUGUUUUCUAUAAACACUGCUAAACUGGUCACAAAAAUGCCUUUCAAAGACUGUAUAUAUGUGCUUAUUCGUUUCACUAUCUACACUUUGUACUAUAUAUCUACUUAUGUAGAAAAAUCUAUGACAAUGUCAAGGUACUGAACUGUUUCUGCUGGAGGCUGAUGAAUAGAUACAAAAAGUAAAAACUGCGAUGUAAGAUGCAAAAAUUAGUGCUUUAGACUUGAAAAUGUGAAUGCUGGUAUAUUUGCAUUCUCUUGGGAACAGCACACCGUGGGUGUCACCCAUGAGGAGUUGUGUUCCUUUUCCAAUGAAUCAGCAGGCUUUGUCCCAGUUUGACCUGAAUUUCUCAGCAGGGCUUACAGAUGUCUGUGUGGUUCAGGUAGUCCAUAUGAGUUUAAAUUAAAAAUCUUUUUACUUGUAUAUGAACAAUUUCUUUUUGAAAACAAACCGAUAAAGCUAGGCCACAUCCCCAUUAUUGGCUCAUAUAUUUAACUAAUAUGUAUAUUAAUCAGCAUGAUGCUAUAUUGUACAUGUAUAAGAUUUUAGCAGUUCAUAACAAAUGGUAAGGCCAUGUAGCUUUACUUUUUUAUGCUUAUGGAUAUUGUAUAUUUGUAUUUUAAGACCAAGUAGACCAAGUCUAAAGAUAUCUUUAUAAGUGUACCAUAAACCUGCAGAGGUUAAAGGAAGACUUGGAAGCCUACAUGAAAUAUUAAUGUGUAACUUCUGGCCCCUGUGUUUUGUGCAUGGAUGGGUAUUUAUAGUAUGAAAUAAGAUUGUGUUUUGCAAUUAAGUAACAGUGGAGGUGGUAUAAAAUGGUUAAGAAGGCCUUAUCAAUGUUGAUUGUGACACAGAUUGAAAUGUAUUGUUUACUAUGAGGAAUGUAUCUGAAGAAUUUUAAAAGAGGAGUUCUACGUGGACUCAAAAAAGGUAAUAUUAAAAUUUUGCUUGUAACUGACAGUAAAUGUUAAUUCUCUGAACUCUAAAGCACUGGUUGUUUAGAGUGAUUUAAAUGAAAUUGAAUCAAUAAAUUUUGAAACUUUUUUAUUACAUCUCCAACCUCCUACACUGAAAGUGCAGGACACCAAUAAACAUGUAUUAAAGUCAAUUCUCAAUGCAUUCUUCCUGUUUAGUAAGGUGUCUUUGUUUAAGCAUGAUAUAGAAGAGACAGGCUUUUAGUUAACAACACACAUUUGUGAUUUCUCAAUUAGAGAAGCAUUUGAAAAUAUAUGGCAGUAAAAUCUAGAUUUUGGGGUACAUAAUUUUAUGUGUGCCCAUGACUCUGGGGACGUAAUGACAAUGCAUACUCAGAGAGUAAAGCUCCAGCUUUGCAGCAGGGAAGGAUAGACCACAUGCUCUCACCUACAAACUGCCUUGGUCCUGCCUUCCAGCACACAUCUCAUGUUUCUGGGUACUCAGCUGGUGGAAUGUUGUUCCACUGCUCAGUUAUGCUCAUGGCAAGAGCUCCUGAUGAUUUCUGUGUUAGGAACUUGCCCUCAGGCAAGACCUUUGAAGGCCAAGGUUUCAAGGUCACUUUAACCUGAUGUUACCUGGCACUGUCACUGAAGGCAGAGGUCUUGAUCCCAGCUGCUUACACUGCUCCCGUGCAGCAGCACAAGAGUUAUUGUGGCCAUAAGCAGACCCCAGCUGGGACACAGCAGCUAGUACAGACAAGAAACCUGUUUCCUCACCUUCUGAUCUAGCUGUGCAAUGUGGAAAAAUAAAUGGCCAGAGGAGCACUGGAACAACUUCUUUUAAUAGUGAUGUUAAUCUCCCUCUUCUUGAAGUGUGUGAAGCUGAGGCACAAUACCCUUAGCCUUUCUAAGGUUAAUCCAGUCAUAAGAGUCCAUAACACACAAGUGACAGGUUUUCAUUGUGUCUGGGUGCUUGGUUAUCCACAAUAUCUUCUGUUUGUUGAUUUUUAAAUUUUGUUUUGAAAUUUGCUUUUGCAAAUGGGGUGCUUUCAGGUUUCCUACUUUUGGAACUGUAGGUGAUUUGUCAUUACUUGUAGCAGAGAAAACAGGAGUUGCAAAUUGGCUUGGCUUGUUCCCUUUUCAUCCUUCUCACAUGGUGCUACUCUCGGGAUAUAGUAAAGCAUUUGUGAUCCCUUUCUUCAUUUUAAAUUGUUAUCCUUUAGAAGAAAUAGAUGAGGAAUACUGCAAGUUCAUCCCUAGGGUUACUGAUCAAAGGGCUUUUCAAUAAUCCCAUCCCAUCUGUGCCUCUGCUGCUCCUCUGUUUCUAACUUCUGCUGUUAAAUGUGUCUUUGUUCCUCUAUGAAAACCUGAUAAACGUAUUAGCUGAAUUGGCAAAUGGUGGGUAAUGUCUUAAACCAAAUAUCCGUUUGAUGACUGUUAAAGUGAUUCUCCUGUCUUUAUCCAGGAAAUUCUACACAAUUUUGCCAUUGUUAUAGCUAAUCUUCAGGUCUCCUCUCUUCCAUCCUUGUUCCUUUGUUCUUGCAUUUAUUUGCUUUCUCAGGAGUGUCUUCUCUUUCACUUUAAAAGAAAAAGAGAACAAAAUAAAAUAAAGAAAUAAUUAUGCCCAAACUUUUUGUAUUUUAUUCUCUCACCUGAAUUCUUUACCUGACACUCUGUCUGCAGCAACUCUCUUUUCCUGCCCUACCAUGGAGCAUAAGGCUGGUCUAAAGUCCAUGGCUGAUGACACACCUGGGCUUCUGCUUCUGUCCAUUCCCUCCCCUCAUCCUGGCUGCAGCAGGUGCAGUGUUGCUCAAAGAAGAGACUAAUCUCUCCAUGUCUUUUGUGUAUUGCUAUUGUCUACCAAGCAUUGAGAUAGUCUCCUUCAACUUCCUUUGAUUUCAAUUCUCAUUUCUUUCCUUCAUUUCUAGCAUUACUCUUCAGCUUCCAGGACUGCUUUCCAUGACUGGCACAUGUUGCUGCCCUUAUCUGCUCAUAAAGCCAGUGGCCCUGACUACCCCUCUGAUAGUUUUGGGGCUGUGUUCCUGGUUUCUUACUGUAUGUCUGUUCACACUUCUUCUGUGACUUCGGCUUUGGGAUAUUAGUGAGUGCAUCUGCUUUUAGCCCUUUCUCCCGAGCCUCCCACCUCCUUGCGUGGGGACACUGAGGGGACCAGCACUGUCUCAUUGCUUCUCGAUUGUCUCUGUUUGUCUGUGGGCAACCUGUAAUUUCUAUCAUGUUCUUAGAUUUUGAAAUAUUUUUAUGGUAGGGAUUUUUUAUCUCUGUUCUCUGUCAUUUAGCAAUGGGAUUUUGGGAUCCUAUACUCACUCCAGCAGUAUGACUGUCAUAUUUGUCUAGAAUGAUGAGCAUGUAUUUGGGUAAUGCUUCUCUGUUAUGGUAUUCAAACUGAUCAGCUACUGAAGUUGAUACUAUCUAUUGUCUUAAGUCUUAAAUUAUUCAGAAAACAAUACAAAUGCUUUCAAAAUACUUCUUUCUCCCUCUUUUACGCACUUAUAAAACAAACAUAGACUCAAUCUGGUUUUUAGGAUCAUCGCCCAUUUCCAAAUAGAGACUUUUCAUUAUUUUGUUUGCCUCUUCUGCCUGUCUUCAUAUAUUUAUUUUACUCAGAAAUGAUGUAUUUUUGUAUGAUAUCAAAACUACAGCCUUUUUCAACUUAAUCCUAUAUGUAUUUAUAUGUACUAUUUUAAUUAUUUCCUGGAAGAUGAUUAUUACAUAAAUGUUUCUGAUAGCGCUCGGUUUUGACAGGUUGCUGAAACCUGAGAGGUGUUAACAAUUUCCAACAGAUAAGCUCUACAAAAAACAGUCACUAUAUUAAAAAUGUUAAAAAAAAAAAAGGAGAAAAA